UAUUUAAGAAAAAGUCUGAAAUCAGCUCUGUUGUUUUUAGUUUUUAGAAUAGGCUGGCAAAAUUGUAAUAAAGUUUAAGUAAAACAGUUUAGUUUGUUGAGAAUAACGUCAAUGUAGAAUAACAAAUAAGUGUGUAAAGUCCCUGAGAAUAGCGCCGAAUGUAAAUAAAUAUUAUUAAUUCUUUGGAGUAAGUAAGAGCUAUAUAAAUAAAUAGGCAGAGCAAUUUGUUACCGACAAGCGGCACAUGUUCACAAUUGGUAAUAUGCUGAGUCAAGUCGCGGGUGCUGCCAAGAACGGCGGCACCCCAUCGGAGGCUGUGGCUUCUCCACCGCCACCUCCGCCCUCUUCUCCUCCGGCUCCACCGCCACCAACAGAGUUGGCAGAGGCCGCUGCAGCAACGUCACCACAACCUCCACCGCCAUCAACCGCUGAAGUGCGGCAACACAGUAAUCGCAAGGCGACCAGUGGAACAACGUCCGCGAAGAACUCGACAAAUCGGGAGUUUCAAUUCUUCUUCGAGGAUGAAGUGUUUCAUAUCGAUCGUAAAGGCCGGGUUUGUUUUGGUAUUGUCACUGGAACUGCCGAAUCCUAUUCGUCCGAUGAUGAAGAGGAGGAGGUGAACGAUGUGCUAGGCAAGGGUGAGGUUCGAGUUGCCUUUUAUCCGGAGGGCAAGGAGACUGUGCGAACGGAAAAAUCGAUUGGCCUCGCCGACCGCACCCUAAUGCCUGGUGACGUCGUGCGACGCCGUUUGCCUGGCGAGAAACAUUUGUCUGGCCAGGCGGGUUAUGUGCGUGACGUGAACGUCCAUGCAGAUGUCAAGGUACUGGGCACCAAGUAUAUCAUCCGCAACGUGCCCUCGGAGCGACUGCGUCCCAUUUCUGAAUGGUCGCGCGAUGUAUCCGUUUGUCUGGGCAAUUGGAUUGGCUACACUGUCGGCGUGGAUGAGUCUGUCGUACUGAGGUCCAGUUAUGGGGCACUGCUUGAAAUCACCUCAACGGACUUCCACAAAUUCAAGGAUGCGUAUGGAACGUGUGAGCGUGAAGUGUUCAGUCCCAGCGUGUAUUAUCCCAAUAAUGUGGUGAUUGGACGACUGCCCCCUUUGGAUCGUGUGACCAAUUUAACGCCCGAUUUGCCUUUGCCUACCAACUAUAAACGGCGCUCAUUGUACACUGUGGAGUCUGUGAAGACGACGGGUAUUAAUGUAGCCUGGACUUUUAAGGCUACACCACACUGUGAGAACGGGCAAGAUUUGGAUCCCAUGAAGCAGCCGAAAAGCUGCAUUACUGGUGCAGACUUGGCCAAAGUGAAACGUCUUAACAUCUAUGAAUCCUAUCUCCUGCAAAUUCACGAUCGAUUCUACCUCAAAUAUUCACAAUGUGAUAAGCUCGUUAAAUGCACUCUUUGGGAGCAAGAGCAAGCUAAAUUGUUUCAGUCCAUCUAUCAGCGUCAAAAGGCUGAGGAAAAUAAGCAAUACGAGCAAAGUGACCAGGUAAAGCGUGAUUCUGCUUCUGUUCCUGGUGUUGGUCAUGAGGUAUUGCCUUCGCCCUCUGCUGCAUCCAGCUCUCGCACUUCUCACAUGAAUAAAGCCCGGCGGCUGAGUGGUAAACCAAGUAACCAACGACUCAAUCGAUCACUGGGCGAUAACGAAAUUAGUAAUACGCCGCCUAAGCUCAGUACAAUAACUAACACCGCUGGAAAGAAGACAAAAAACGAAUACGGAAUUACGUUGCAUAGAAAAGAAACGGAUCCCAAGGAUGGCGAUGAGAUCGUAGUGGAAACUUUGGUUGUGUACAGCUCACUGACGGUUGUGUGGCAGGAUGGAUCGGUUGAGACGGGUAUACCAUCGACCGAGCUGUAUCCCAUACACCACUUGGACAAUCAUGAGUUCUUUCCUGGUGACUUUGUCAGCAAAGCGAAUGACUACAGCCCCUCCCAGAUUGAUUAUGGUGUUAUACAGUCCGUGGAUCAUGAUGAGCGUAUUGCCAAAGUUAAAUGGUUUAAUAUAUAUGGCAACCUGGAUAAUCCCGUACCAUCAUGCAAGGAGGUGGAAGAGCUUAGCGUAUAUGAUUUAAAAGAUCAUGCCGACUAUCAGUAUCGACCGGGCACCAUGGUCAUAAGAGUGUCAAAUUUUACUGGCGAAGAUCUUAAUUCGACUGCUGGCCAAGUGAUUGAUAACUUUCCAGAUGGUCGUGUACGUGUUUGGUGGGCCAAAGGUCAUAUAACCAUGUGUUAUCCGCAAGAUCUUUUCGAGAUUCACCAAAGCGAUACGCAGGAUGCAUAUGACUCAGAUGACUCUGAUAAUUCCUGGGAAACACAGUCGGAAAAUAGCCACACAAACGACCCCAGUCACACGAUUAAAGCGGAGGAGUAUAUUAUAAAGGGAAUGGAUCGCGCAAAAGAGGCUAUCGAGCGUCUGGAGAAGAUAUUUCAAGUGCUACCAGCUGCACGUAAGCCGGUUAUACUCAAUGAUCUGUUGGCCGUGUAUAAAAACUGUCGGCAGUUGGACCAGUACCUUAAAUCGGAUUUCUUUCACGAAGAUUACUUUUGUGGAAUUCUAGCGCAUAAGCCAAAGCGUGAUUAUGAAUCUUCAACAGAGACUUCGCCCCAAACUGUUCCAUCUGCUCUUCCGGAAAUUGCUCAAACCAACGAGUGCGCCAUGGACGUAAACACGACAGUGCAAAUAGAGCCCCCACUGUCUGGGCAAGCAACGACAACAUCUACGCCUAAUAAACGAAAGUCUUCGACUCUAAUCGAUGAAGUUCAAUGCAAGAAAAACAGCAGUAGCGAGAGGAUCAAUGUUGAGGAUACGGCAGAGCAGGCGAUGUUGCUCGCCAACGUCGAUCUGACCGAAAGUGAGGCACAAUUGACCUACUCCGAGGUGAUUUCCAAGUACCGCGCCGAAUACAAUGAGAUGAUGGGCACUGCACGCACCAACAUACGCAAAGCACUCAAAAAGUGCCUUUGCGUAACAGAUGAUUCGGGUGUUCAUUCACGUGGCGAGAACAGCUCAAGUGAUGUAACUUCGGCUGAUUGCAAGGAUUGCACGGAAGAUAAUGGUAAUAACCAAAGUUUAACAUCGUCUUCCGAAACGAGUAUUGAGUUGAUUGCGAAUCGCGAUGCCGACGUCUGUGAGGUAUUUUGUUUCCUAAUAAAAGAGCAAAUGAUCAAAUGCCAAGAUGCGAUGGCCGAGAAAUUCAUGAAACGAGACUACAUACACCUUGAAGAACAGCAGAUUACAGAUGUAGAUGAUGCUGAGGAGUAUUUGGAGCGGGAUUCACAAGCAGAUAACAACGAUGAUGAUCAGGUUAUGGAGCAGUCAUUGAAUCUGAAUGCUCUCUCUGAAUCGCUGCCACCGUUGGAAUGCCCGUCGGCCUGCUCAUCGCCUUCUCAAGUGCAGGCCAUGCUUUCAACAAGCAAUAACUGUUUCGAGGUGGUACCCAAUGCACCGAUAGCUCAUCAUUUCAUUGGAAAUUUGAUAAUGCCCAAUAAUAAGGCGCAGUAUCAGCGCGCCGUUCAGCGGGAGUAUGCUAUGUUACACGCAUCCCUACCUCCAGGUGUGGUUGUGCGUGCUUAUGAGGAUCGUAUGGAUCUCAUAUCCGUAAUGAUGGUUGGACCCAAGCGCACUCCAUAUGAGAAUGCUCUGUUUUUCUUCGACUUUCAAUUGGGAAGCGAUUAUCCGAAAAGUCCUCCCACCUGUCAUUACAUAAGCUAUUGCACUGAACGUUUGAAUCCGAAUUUGUACGAGGAAGGCAAGGUUUGCGUCUCAUUGCUAGGCACAUGGUCAGGACGCGAUACUGAGGUAUGGACGCCACAAAGCACAAUGCUCCAAGUGUUGGUCUCCAUACAGGGACUCAUACUGGUAGAUGAGCCCUACUAUAAUGAAGCCGGCUACGAGAAGCAACGUGGCACUCAAUUGGGAAAUGAGAACUCGCGUGUCUACAAUGAAAUGGCUAUUAUUAAAAUUGUCCAUUCAACGAUCAAACAACUGCAGAAUCCUCCAUUCAUAUUUCGCAAGGAAUUGAUUGAGCACUACAAAAAGUUUGGCGCAGACUUGCAUGGACGUAUGCGAUCUUGGUCCGAGUACUCGGCUGAAGCGCAGCGAUUGAAGAUAACAUCCAUAAAAAAUAUGCCCGCGGAUUAUAAAACGCUAUACGAAUUGCCGGAAUUUCCACUACUGCCAUGCAGUCGCGGUUUCUGCAUUGCAGUCAAAGGUGUUUUGGAGACACUGCAGAAAGAGUUGACUGCACUCCAAAGAUCGAAGGAUAUUGAGCCAGCUGUUGCGGCGGUUGCCACAGCCCCACGUGCUGAACUCGAGGAUGUAUGAUUGAUGCUGUGAAUAUUAGCAACGCUUUGUAUCAGCUUUGCCUUUGUUGUGGUGCCUAUGAAAAACACAAGACUAUCGCCGCCUAACUCUCGAAACUGAGCCUUAAGCAGGGCCAACAUACUUCAUUAUAAUAUAUUUAAGAAGUGCUCUCAGCUCGAAUAGUAUCAUAUAAUUACGAAAAUAGUCAGCUAUAUCAGCUACAUAUAUCGAAUCAAAAACGA